GCAGGGCGUUUGCUGCCAUGGCUGAGAUCGCGCCUGUAGCUUCUCCCGCUGUCGCUUCACCUGCGGCAAAAGCCCCCGCCAAGAAGGCGAAGAAGGCGGCAGGAGGCUCCAAAGCCAAGAAGCCCGCGGGUCCCAGUGUGACCGAGCUGAUCACUCAGGCUGUCUCCGCUUCGCAGGAUCGCAAGGGGCUGUCCCUGGCCGCCCUGAAGAAGGCGCUGGCAGCCGGCGGCUACGAUGUGGAGAAGAGCAACAGCCGCAUCAAGCUGGGGCUCAAGAGCCUGGUGAACAAGGGAAUCUUGGUGCAGACCAAAGGUACCGGCGCUUCCGGUUCCUUCAAGCUGGGCAAAAAACCGGGCGAAACCAAAGCGCCCAAGAAAGCGGCGGCGGCCAAGCCCAAGAAGCCCGUAGCCAAGAAGCCCAAGCUCCCAACAGCUGUGAAGAAAAGCCCCAAGAAAGCCAAGAAGCCGGCAGCCGGCACAGCCAAAAAGGCAGCAGCUAAAAGCCCGAAAAAAGCCAAGCCUGUUAAGGCCAAGAAAGUAGUGAAGAGCCCUGCUAAGGCUAAGGCGAUGAAGCCCAAGGUUGCUAAGCCCAAGGCAACGAAGGCAAGCAAGGCAGCGCCCAAGAAGUAAAAUGGCUUCAAGCAGAU